AUGGGAAACGAGAUCGUUGAUAUUGACAAGACGAAUGGUGGGGCCAUAGGUUCUAUGCACGAUGUCCCCAAGGAUUUGAUGGACCAGAUUAAAAUUCUGGAGGAUCUUUUUUCUGUCGAUACCCAGAAACUCAACUUCAUCACGGAAAGGUUCACCAAAGAAUUGGCGAAAGGUCUGUCGAAAGAAGGAGGAAGCAUUCCUAUGAAUCCAACAUGGGUUCUCAGCAACCCCACCGGCCAUGAAACAGGUACAUACCUCGCUCUCGAUAUGGGAGGUACAAACCUUCGAGUCUGCGAAAUCGAGCUUCCCGAGGAGCCUGGCAAGUUCGAUAUUAUGCAAAGUAAAUAUCGUAUGCCGAGUGCUAUCAAGACCGGCACUGCCGAAGACCUAUUUGAUUAUGUUGCCGAUUGUCUCAAACAAUUCUUGAUUUCCAACCACGAAGAUCAGAAUAUGAAGGAGAUGAGCCUCGGGUUCACAUUUUCGUAUCCCUGCACCCAAGAGUUCAUCGACCAUGGUGUUUUGCAGAGGUGGACAAAGGGAUUCGACGUUCAAGGUGUUGAAGGGAAGGACGUUGUUCCGUUGUUUGAAGCUGCUUUGGCCAAGAAGGGUGUUCCAAUCAAGGUUACUGCGCUCAUCAACGAUACCACUGGAACGCUCGUCGCCAGCAAUUACACAGAUCAAACGACAAAGAUCGGUUGUAUCUUUGGCACAGGAUGCAAUGCCGCUUAUUUCGAGCUUGCCGGCAACAUCCCCAAGCUUGAGCAUAUGAACCUUCCUCCAGAUAUGCCAAUUGCCAUUAAUUGUGAAUGGGGUGCCUUCGACAACGAACACUAUGUCCUCCCACGCACUGUCUACGAUGCUCAAAUUGAUGAACAAUCUCCACGUCCUGGGCAACAAGCAUUUGAAAAAAUGAUUGCUGGAUAUUAUCUUGGAGAAAUUCUCCGACUUACCCUUCUUGACCUCGCUGAGAGACGCGAUGUUGAAAUAUUUGCGGGGCAGAAAUUGGCUGCGCUUCAGAAGCCGUACAGCCUCGAUGCUUCGUUUUUGGCUGAGAUCGAGUCCGACCCGUGGGAGAACCUGGGUGAAACUGAAAUCCUCUUUGAAAAACGACUAGGCAUCCAAACUACAGAACCUGAACGAAAACUCAUCCGCCGUCUCGCCGAACUUAUUGGGACCCGUGCGGCUCGUCUCUCUGCCUGCGGUAUCGCCGCUAUUGUUCGAAAGCGAGAUCUUUCCCCUUGUAGUGUUGGUGCUGAUGGUAGUGUCUUCAACAAAUACCCACACUUUAAGGAGAGAAAUGCUGCAGCAUUGAGAGAGAUCUUGGGACACGACGAUGUGAUUGUUAAACCAGCUGAAGAUGGAAGUGGCGUCGGCGCAGCCUUGAUUGCUGCUCUAACGAACCAGAGAAUCAAGGAUGGAAUUUUAGCAGGAAUCAGUAAGGUGGAGUGA